GCGGGGGAGAGGAGGAGCCACUGGUUUAAUCUUGUCAACAGACAGUCAUGGACUCCUUGUGCUGCAGCUGGUUCUCCUGCCAGACCCUGAUGCUCCAAAUGAGCCUCCUUCUCGGUUCCCAGACUGUCAAAGACCCCAGCUCGUCCUGCACAUUGCAAAGGACCGUGGGGGGAUCUGUGCAGCUGCAACUGACCUCGUCGUUGUCUCCUGACAUCCGAGAGAUUGAGUGGAUUCGGAAUUCCGGUGAUGAGAGAGAUUUGUUUCUGGUGUCCUGGAAACCUAAUACCUCUAAUCCUGAAUGGUAUGGCCUUGAAGAAAAAUACAAGCACAGAUUCAGCCUAACAGAGCUGGCUUUCUUGAUCAUCAGAAAUCUCAGUAUGGAAAUGAGUGGACUGUACACAGCGAAAAUCAAGUUCCAGUCAGGAAAAUCCCAGGAGGAAGCCUUCAGACUCUGUUUAUAUGAGCCCAUGCCCCAGCCCCAGAUUCAGAUUCAUUCAUCGUCUCGCACAUCAGGCUGGUGCAACAUCAGCCUGGAGUGUGGGACCCCAGGAGCCACAGAGAACCUGGCAGUGACCUGGCUGAGUAAGGGCCUCCCCAGGGAGCUGGAGCCGAGAGAGACACUGGGGCCAGCCCCCAACUCCAGGAAUCUAAGCCUGAGCCUGCCCCUGGGCCAGUUGAAUGGCCACCUCACCUGUGUGGUCAGCAACCCUGUGGACGAGAAGAAUGCAACCUUACACCUGGAGAACAUCUGUCCAUCGACGGGUUCGCUUCAGAGCAAACAGCUUUGGGUAGGCAUCCUUCCCACGGUUCUGAUGGUGGGCCUGGGCGCUGGAGUGUGGAUCUGGAUGAGGAAGAAGAUGGAGACUGGGAAAGGUGGGUCUGCUCUCCUGCCCGAGGGGCCCGGCUCAGCAGCUGCUCCCCAGGCCCUUCCCACAGAAGAAUCUGCUGACCUGCAGACUGGUGAGGCUGACAGCCACUACUCCCCCUACAUGAAGAUCAGACUCCUGGGACACCCUGAGAAAGACAUGGAGAAGGGCAGCUGCCAUUCAUAUAGCCCUGAGCGUGCUCCGGUAGUCCACACUAUCUACGAGAAGAUCCAGAAAAGCCCAGAACCCCAGGGUGACACCAAGACCAUGAAGACCCUGGGGCAGUGAGGGACCUUGGCAAGAUCUCCCCCACCUCACCCUUCACCCCAGGAUCCCAAGAUCUCCCUCCUUAAGGUGGAGUUGGGACUAGACCCCAAGUCUUCCUGACCCAUCCCACUGAGACAGCAGAGCAGCAGGAGCUGCUCCCCUGGGUUCCCCACCAAAGUUUUCUCACUUCACAGACUGUGGGCAGUGAUGGUGCUACUCGAAUAUCCAAGUACAAGAGGUAAGCCUUUCAGCGCUCAGCCAGAUUUCUGACCUGUGACCAUCUUAACCCCAUUAGAGAACACCCAUGGUUAGGCGGGAUGUGCAUAGGGAUGGUCAGGGACAGAAAUUCUUUCCUGGAAUAGGGAGGGUCCUGGUGCCCCCAAGAAGCAUGGGCCUUGGUUGGAGAACCUUUAGCAUGUCUCAGCACAGCCCAGUACCCAAGAAUUGAGAAAGCGAUGGCCUUUGACUAUGGAAAAGCAAGAGGCUGGCAGAUACAUGAUCCCGGGUCAGUUGUGCCUUAGAAGGGAGGGGUGGAAAGGGAGGGAAACAUGUUUUGAGCUCCAUCACCUACCAGACUCAAUUCUAAGCACAGUAAAUGGACUAUCUCAGGAUUUCUCAAAUUAAGUAACUCACAGUCCCUUUUUUUCCCCAUAAUAUAUGCAUGUAGUAUAAAGGUCAAAAGGCAGGCGUUGUUGACAUGAUAAUGUAUCAUCAUUUGUUACUAUUGUAAAUAGAGUCUUGUUCCCAUUAGACCUUCCAGCUAGUUGAUUAAAAUAAUACAUACAUAAUGUAUUAAUGAAGCUGCGUUACUGAAUUUCUCUAUGUUUGUAACGGUUUUCAGUUGAUCCCUUUCUAUUUCUAGGUAAAUGACCAUUUUCUUCUUUCCAGAUUAAAUAAUAGUGAUGAUAAGGGAUAUCUUCGUAUCGUUCCUAACUUCAAUAUCAAUGCUCCUAGUGUUUCUCCAUUACACAGGAUGUUCUCAUUUGGUUAAGGCAUAUAUGUUUUAUCUUGUUAAGUAAUUAUAUAUUCAUUCCUAUUUUAUCAAGAGUUUUACUGAGAAUAAAAUGUUAAAUUUC